AUGGAUUUGGACUCUUUGUUUGGCUUCGUCAAUAAUUUUAACGCCAGCUCGGGUUCAAAUUUCUACAAUGAAACGUCGCCACCGGCUGGUAGUGAUGAUUUGUUGGGCGGAUUUGAUUUUGGUAACCGGGAUACGAAGAAGGAUGAGGCCAAGUCGGAUGAUUUGAUCCCUGGAAUUGGUGCAAAAAAUGAUGAUGCUGAGACUGUGGAUUGUCGUGUAAAGCGUUGGUCAGCAGGAAAAGAAGGCAAUUUGCUUGCUCUUCUGUCAUCAUUACAAGAUAUUUUAUGGCCCGAAUGCGGAUGGAAGCCUGUUUCCUUGACAGAUUUAAUUGCUCCUGCAGCUGCGAGAAAGGUUUAUAGGAGGAGUGUAACAAGCACAAUACUCAGGGACCACAAUCAAGCUUCAACAUGCCUUUCUAAAUCUCUUCCAUGUGAACCAAAAACCUCAUAUUGCUUGGCAGAUGAGUCGGCGACAAAUGCAAAACCCACAGUUGCGCAUCAAUCAACAUGUACGAUGUAA